AAAAUAGCUGAAGUCUCAACAGCAGGUCCAGAUAAAACUCAGCUGUCACCGAGACCACGGGACGAAAUAGAGUUCGACUCAGAAAGAGUCUCACAGAGAGCAGAGACAUCACAGGGCCCUCUUAGAGUCUGCUAUCCAACACAUCGGAGGUGAACAAGCUUACAGAGUUGGACAGGAUUUCUAUAGAGCAAGUAAAGGUGGCACCCAGUCAAGACAAAGCAGAGACAGGACAUCUACUCCCUCUUCAGUGAGAGACAGAUUAGCUCUUUAUCUGUCCAGAACAGCAGCCACUGACUCCACAGGAGACUUGAUACAACCAGAAUUCACAGCUGCUCCAGGCAAAAAGUCUAAAAACAGCAAGAUGGCUGAUGCUGCCAGAAAAAUCACCAUCUCACAACCAGCUCAUGAUGAAGAUGACCUGCCCCUCCCCCCUCCUCCUCCUCCUCUUGUACCACCCAGACCCCUUGAUUAUGAAGGGCCUUCGGUGUUAAGUAACCUCCCUGUGCCUCCACCUAAGGAAAGCUUCACCACGUUCUACCAGCAACGACAGAAGAGUGAGCUAAAGAGGCUCUUCAAACACAUCCACCCUGACCUUCGAGCCAGCCUUGAUGAUGUGGUGGAUGAUGAGAUAAUGAAAGCCGUGCAGUCAGAGAGCGCUCAAGCAGCAGACGCAGCCUACCAGGGUGAAGUGCAGUCCAUGCGGUGGAUCUUUGAGAACUGGACUCUGGAUAAUAUCGGAGAUCCUCAUGAAACCAAAAGGCUCCUGCACACUGAAGAGUUAAAAGGUGGAGAUGUCAGAAGCACCUCCUCAAAGUUUGAGUACGUUGACAGCACCCAACACAUGCCUACUAAGAGACAAAGUUCUGUCAGAGGAGAUGUAAGAACAUCAACCUGGCUGUUUGAGACCCAGACUUUAGAUUCUCUCGGUAAAUCCAAGGAUGAAGAGGGUGAAUUGGUAGAGGCAGUUCUGAAAGAACCCAUAAAGUCUGGAGACGUAAGAGGGGCUCGGCUUCUCUUUGAGACGAAACCACUGAGUGACUUGGGACGCUGCAAUUCCAUUGAAGACUGCAGCAUCCUGAAACUGAAAUCUGAGCUUCAYGAGCAGAAAGGAGACGUCCAGAAGACCGUGAAGCUGUUCCAGACAGAACCCUGCUGUGCCAUCAGAGACAAAAAUGGCAAUAUCCAUGAGAUCAAAUCCAUCUGCAGGGAGGAGAUCAACAGUGGCAAGUUCAGCACUGCCCGUUGGCUUUUUGAAACACAGCCUUUGGACACGAUCAAUAAAAGAAGUGACAGGGUGAAAAUAAUUCGAGGUAUUUCUUUGGAGGAGGGACAGAAAGGAGGUUUUGACCAAAAGAGGUGGAUGUUUGAAACUCAGUCAUUUGACACAAUACAAGAGCACGUAGAAGACAAGUUUGAAGGAGGAGUGGUUGACUUUGAGUUGCAACACAUGACCCCUGUAAGAGAAAAUGCUGCAGAAAACGCUCCGGAGAAAGAAGCAAUCGUUGGGGGAGAUGUGAAGACUUCUCUGUGGCUGUUUGAAACUCAACCCAUGGAAACUCUUAGUGACAGCUAUGAAGUUGGGAGCCUGAAGAGAAUCAUCAUUUCUGCUGAAGAACAGGGAAAAGUAAAAGGCAAAAAGCUGAUAUUCGAAAAUGGUAACAUUCAAACGAACACCUCAGUGCAAAAACAGGAGAUUGAAAAGGGUGAUGUGAAGGGAUUCAAACAACUUUUUGAAACACUUCCUUUGGGUGAAAUUGCUCAUUUGAAGGAGGAGAUAGUUGGGAUGAAAGAAAAUACUUCCUCAGGUGAUAAUGGAAAAUGUGACAAGGAGACAACUCCUUUAUACGCAAUAAAGGACAGCUUUGGAAACCUCCAUGAAGUCACAACAGUCAGCCGGGAAGAAUUCAUUCAAGGAAAAGUCAAAAACUAUAAAUGGAUGUUUGAGACCAAACCUUUAGAUCAGAUGACUGAUGGAAAAGAAAGUGUUGAAGUAAUCAACGGCAUCACCAGACAGGAAGACGCCAUGGGUGAUGUGAAAACGGCAAAGUGGCUUUUUGAAACCCAGACAAUAGAUGGGAUCCACUGUAAGUUCAAUCAGACAGGUCAAAGCUCUGUUGUUAAAGAGGAGUCCUGCAAAGGUGAUGUCAAGACCUGCAAAUGGUUAUUUGAGACACAACCAGUGGAUAUGCUGUAUGACAAAAUGGAAACAGCCAAAGACAAAGAGUCUGUCGAUGCAAAUGUCAAGUCUAUUACUUGGCUUUUUGAGUCUCAGCCAUUGGACAGCAUCAAAGACGGUGAACCAUACAGCUUGAAGCUGUGCAGCACAGCAAAGGAUUCUGUCAAACCUGACGUUGGAGUUCAAACAGUAAAACAUAUUUUUGAAACAGAAACUUUGGACAAAAUCAGAAAGAAUUCGGAUUCAGAACCAAAUUUGCGAUACAUCAGUCAGGUCAGCCUCCAGACAGGAGACGUCUCACGUGUCAAAGAACUUUUUGAGUCCCAGUCUCUUGAUGAAAUAGGGUCAGAAACUGUGACAUUUGAAGGGCAGAACCAAGAGAAACACACUGAAAAAGGUUCAGUGCAUAAAUUUACAUGGAUGUUUGAGAACUGCCCCAUGAAUCGGAUCAAUAAAGAUCACGAUGAAGAAAAUAAAGAGACAGUUGAUGUCAUCGAGAGAGGUGAUGUACAAAAUAAAAAGUUUAUAUUUGAAACCUCCACACUGGACAAAAUCCAACAGGAACCCCUUGAGCAGAGAUUGGUGUCUGUGGAAGAACCUGUGAGCAAUGCUGAUGUGAAGUCCAGCACCAUGAUGUUCGAGUCCCUGCCGCUGUAUGCCAUCAGAGACAAAGAAGGGCAGUUCCAUGAGGUGACAACAGUCAAGAAAGAAGAAAUCAUGAGUGGUGACGUGAGAGGAGCGAGGUGGAUGUUUGAGACAAAACCUCUUGAUGCCAUCAAGGCAGAGAAUGAGGUUUAUGUGAUCCGAGCUGUCACACAAGAAGAUGUCAAGAAAGGAGAUGUCAAAUCAGCCAGAUGGAGGUUUGAGACACAACCUCUGGACUCUUUUACUGAUGAGGACAAACCUUCUGCCAUGGCUACUGAAGACUUUGGAAGCUGCGAUGUCCAGCUCAGAAAACAGAUGUUUGAAUCUGAUCAAUCAUGCAAGAAGUUUGCAAGAAUGGUUAGUGUCACUGAUGUACAGCAAGGGGAUGUAAGGACCUCCACCUGGCUCUUUGAGAAUCAGAUCCUUGACAGUCUGAAAGGGGAACCUCAGGAGCCAAGUCCAGUGAAAACAGUCCACAGGGAAGACAGUCAGAAGGGAGAUGUGAAACGCUGCACCUGGCUGUUUGAAUCUCAGUCACUGGACAAGAUCAAAGAGCCUGAAGAAACCUCAGACCAAGCUGUGGAGGAGAUCCCCAAAGCUGAUGUGAAGUGCACUACCUGGCUCUUUGAGACCACUCCACUUGAUAAAAUCACUGCCAACAGUGUGGCUGACACCCUUUCAUACUUGCAUGAAAUGAARGUCAUACACUCAAGUGGCAUUAUAAUAGAAUCAAAUGAAAGAAGGAAUGUUAAUAUGGCAAAAUAUCUGCUUGAUAGCAGCAAAGGUGUACAGAUCCAGAAAGAGGACGUUAUUGACGGCAACAUCAGGAACAUCAUGUUACAGCUUCUGCUCAAACCAACAAUCAAACCACAAAUUACUCUUCUGAGAGAAACCGAGAAGAGUAAAGUUAACACCACAGUAGUAGAGCUUCCAGUCUUUGAGUCCACUCCCAACAUUGAAAGUGAUCAAAGAGUACAAAACAUUGUACAAAGAAUAGAAGAGUUGCUAAUUUAUGAGACGGAUUUCAAAAAGGGAAUCAUAAUGCAAGAAGUUGGAGAGGGAAAAGCAGAAAUGUCAGUUUAUUCACUUGUCAGCAAAAAUGAAACCAAAACUGAGAGUCAAAUUAUGGAAAGGGGAGACGUAAAAACUACAAUUGGAAAUCUGCUGGCCACUGCCAGUGGUCAAAGAACUUCCACCAGAGUGGAUGUAAAUGAGAAAGGAAAUGUGAAUUUGUACAAAAGUUGCAUUGAGAAAGGCGAUCUGCAGUACUUGAAGAGUCUUCAUACCGAGACGUUUGAAUGUGAGGCUGAUCACAGCAGUGUGACGAGGGAGCAGGUUGAAACAACUCAAGGUGGUGUGAAAGAAGCCAAGAGAAGCCUCUGUCAGCAAAAAGAGCAGGUUGAAAAAACCAUUUGUGAUGUUUUGCCAGGAGACGUAAAGAACACCAAAAAGGUCUUUUCAUCUGAGUGCUUUGUCAACGUGGACAGCUCCMUUCCGAAGGAAGAAAUAAUCCCAGGAGAUGUCUCAUCAGCAAAGCAACAACUUGCUGUGAAACAACCUUUAACUGUGGACAAAGAGGACGUUGUACCCGGGGACAUCAGGGCAACAAUGGAGUCAUUGGAACGUGCAAAGCAGCAGAGCAUGUUUGUGGAGCGGGAAACCAUUAAACCUGGGACAAUCUAUGACAUGGACCUGUCAGCUCAAGACCCUGUAGUAGAAGAAAGCCAAUCACAGAAAGAAGUUAUCAUAUCUGGAAAUGUGAAAGCAGCAAAGAAGUCUCUCGAAAUGGCCAAACAGCAGAGCCUUCAUGUGGAGAGGGAGGUCAUUGUUCCUGGAAAAAUAUACAACCUGGGAGUGUCAGCGCAAGAAGAAAGCUCCUCCACGGUGGCACAGUCUACGAGCUCAUCCUCCUCCAGAUGCGAGCAAGUCAAGACUUUUCCAAAGGUCAGUGAUGCAGAGACGGAGCAGGAAAGCAAAGCUUCCUUUGAGACUUGUCAACAAAAUGCAGUUGUAGUCAGAAACUGUCAAGAACAAUCACUGCCACCUUGUAUUAGCUGUGAUUUUAAUAGUCAGACUACUGAAGAUGAGACAGAAGUUGUUAGAGGAGACGUGAAGGCAGCAAUUAGGUCUCUACAGAGUGCAGCAGCAGAGCAGAGGUUUAUAGAUAAAGAAAACAUUGUAAGAGGAAAUGUACAAUUUGCUUUAGAAUCUCUUGAGAAGUCUAGUGUCAAUGUGUCUAAAGGAGACUUCAAAGCUGCAAUGAUUUACAGAAAUUCAGGCAAGGCUUGUUCAGGGAGGAGCAAGACUGUUCACAAUCAGUYUGUUGUGGUGUCCGUGCCUCCAUCUGACACAAAACUAUCUCCUUCAAUUUCAGUAACCUGUGAAGGACAGCAAAGCAUCUCAACACAGAUUUCAGCCCCCAACCCUGUAGCAAAUGGAAACCCUAAAUCACCCAGCCUUGCAAGAGUAACMCCACCCCAACUCCUAGAAAAGAACGAGAAAGCAAAGGAGCAGAAGCCAGCUUUACCUCCAAAACCACAGUGGAUGAAAUCUGGCAUUAUCGAAGGACAAACAACCUCACCAACAAGAAGCCCUAAAGCUGCCUGUCCUGUUGAAGAUAACGUAAAUGUGGUGUUUCCUCCAAAACAAAACCAGCAGCAUUUGGCAUGCUCAAAGGACAAACAACAAGAAAUUACAACACAUGSCAAAAACAGUGCAAAGCAGUUACAUGAGACCUUCCAACAAAAUUCUGUUGCUGAAGAUCUGACAACGAACACAGCCAUUCAGGAAAAUAAGAAACAAAUCAAAACAGUACCAUUCACAGAGAGGAAAUCAAAUGUUCACCUAAAUCAAUUACACAGUGAAGAAGUUGAAAUAGAAAGAAAUGUGAUCCAGAAAAUAAAUGCAGCAGAGGAGAUACAGAUGUGUAUGCAGAAUUAUGCAGAAGAUGGGAAACAUGAGAUGAGCUUGCAAACUGCUUUGCAAAACUUUGAAAGAAAAGACAGAGAGGAUUUGGACAGAAGAAAUUGGCUGCCAAAGAAGGUAAAAGUGAUUUAUGACAACAGACAAACUGACAAAACCCCUGCUGAACAACACAAACACACUCCUGACCCUCCAAGAGUCCAACACAGAACUCAAGUGGAAACAUCACAGACUGGUAUUUUCAACGAAGCAACCAAUUCCCAUCAAAACGACUCCAGAGAAAACAAAGAACCUGAAAAUAAAGUUGUUCUACGAGAGAAAAAAGCAAGGGAAACAGAAGAGGAAAGAAGACAAAGGCUUUCUGUCCACAAGGACGAGAUCAUGAAAGGAAAUGUGAAGGCAGCCAUGGAAAUCUUUGAAAAUUUAAGGAAACGAGAAGAACUCAAGGGACUCCUGUCUCAGGUGCAGGAGAUAGAAGGCGAGGCCUGCAGUGUGGAUGCUAGCUCCCUGAAAACAUUUUAUGAGAAUGUUCCCACUUGGAUGGUUACACCUGGUAGAAACGCAAAAAAAUGUAAAAGAGAAGAAAAGAAAGUUCAAGCAGCAGCACAGGAUGAUGAUCUGGAAAGCAUCUCCUCAGUGGAAAUGGCAUUUGAGGAUCUGGAGAAAGCAAGCAAGGAGAUAAUGAAGCUCAAGGAACAGACAGUGGCCAAACUGGUUGACAUUGAAGAAACAAUUAAAAAGGCUUUGUACUCGGUGUCCAAUCUCAAAUCUGAGGCGGACAUUGCUGGUUUGUCAGGACUGUUUGAUGAAUCUUUAAAAUCUGAGCAAAACCUUCAACCCGCCAGUAACAUCAGGAAGAUAAGUAUUGUGUCGAGCAAAAGCAAACCAGGCUCCACCAACGAGACCAGAGAUUUGGAUCUUUCUAAAAAAGAAAAGCUCAAACAAGCAAACAGUAAGUCACUCAUUAGACAGUCUUCCACCCAGUCGUCCCCAUCUUUCAUCUCCAUUCACUCUUCUAGAAAGCCGACUGAACAACCAAAGCCGACCAUGUCAACGUUCAAACCAGAAGCGACGAGUUGUCAUAAAGCAAACUACAACUGUGAUUCGGCUGUUCCCGAAUCCUCAAAGAAAAGUCUCGUUCCUGAACGCAAAGUCAGUGUGCUCGAAGUACAGGCUGUUCCAGAGAAACACACGGGAAUAACUGGCACCAAGACGGUCAGUGAAACAUAUGAGGAGAGCGACGGCUUUGGCAACGUCUAUGUUUCGUCCACGACUUCCACGUUCAUCACCAAUCACUCUGACGGUAAACCAUCUGCUCUGUUUGGAGUAGUAGGAAGUCCAGCCAGAUAUGAAGUCAUGACAUCUCCUUUAAUGCAAAGAUCAGGGCGUCCUUUUGAAGAUAAACUGUCGAGCAACACCAAGGAGGAAGGGACGGUGUUUGUAACAUUCAGGCAACCAAAAGAAAAGCAAAAAUAAACCACUCGCCAGUGUGACUGCAGUUCUGUCAAUGCGGCAUGAUAGUGUUUAGAUUUUUUAUGUUUUAUUAAAAGGUUUUUAUAUGUUUUGAACUGGUAUUUAAAGGAAAAUAUUCACUUUUAAUAGAAAAAAUGUUUUAUAGAUUUUUUUUUACCAUAACUUCCUGAUAAAAUGCUAAGUUUGUGUAUUAAAGCCAAACAUACUGGUUACACUGUAUGUUCUGUCAAACUGUCAAAUAAAAUGAUUGCUUUUAAGCCA